AUGGCGGACCCCGAUACUAGUAGUACUAGCAGUAGUGAGUCUGACAAUGAGGAGGAGUCCUUGGCUGGGGCAGGCACAGAGACAGAUCAGCCACCCGUACGGGACUGGGAAGACGCCGUCAGAUUGUCUGAGGCGGCCGCGGCUCGCCUGGGACAAUCUGGCGUUCUCUUCUCGCCACCACCGGCUAGAACAUCAACGCCUGUGCGCCAGCAUCGCCGGCACCCACCGUUUAAACGUGACGUUAUGUUGCUGGACUCUAACUCCAACAUUGAGAUCGCCCGUCCUCCCCGCGGCAAUGAACGACAGCGUAUCGUCGACGAUGGCCGCGAGUUCAAGGACGUAAUGUUCAAUAGAGAAAUGAAUGCUCGUCAAGUUUUGGAAACUAUUCGGAACGCCAUCGGAGUGCAUAACAGGCCACUGUACCUCUACACCCCGACUCAUAGGGGCUGGAGAUACAGUGUGGAGCCCCUGGAGGCUAUUGAUGGCGAGAGGAUUUGGAAUCCUAAUAAUUCUUCGACAGUGUACAUCGCUACAGUGUCGCAGAACCACAGCAUCCCCAGCAAUCCCAGACGCCAGAACACGGAAAGGUCUUCCAACCCAAGGGGACAAGGGAUCGACGAGAACCCUGGUGGCACUGACUCCACCAACCCCCGGGGCCAGGGACAACGGAUGGACCAGCAGAACCCGGGCGGCGCUAACUCCACCAACCCCCGGGGACAGGGACAACGGAUGGACCAGCAGAACGCUGGCGGCGCUAACUCCCCCAACCCCCGGGGACAACACGAGAACCGUGGACUAGACAGUGCAAGACUGUCAGUAUUUGACAUUUCGGAUGAUGAGAUUAUGGAUGUUGAGGAAUAUGUACCGAUCAACCCUGCACGCGCAAAUGCUAAUGAUAUUCAGGUUGUGAUAACAACUCCAGGCAUCGAUGUUGGGGAAGAUGGUUCUCUCUACCUCAACGAAAACUUUGGAGAAUUGUUUGGAGGACCAUAUGAUCCCUUCACCGGACACCUGUAUAAUACAGUCACAUUUGCUGAUGAACUUGGUGGAGGGACUCAGAUAUUGAACCUGCCAAUCCUGACCAUCGAGUUUGAACUGGCGCAAGCUCAGGCCACCACAGACCUGCGUGUGUUGUUGGUUGCUAUUACACCACCACAGCCUAGCAAUGCAAUAAUGCGUAUUCUCCUGGAACGGGAAGUUGCAGAAAGACUGCUGGAUUUGGCGUACCUGUGGGUAGCUGGACCAAAUUCAAGUCAAGGAAACUUGGCUCGCACCCGUUUGAGCCUGCCUGCCCACAGUACCAGAAACAUCCUGGUCGUCUGUGUACCUGGGCAGACCUCACGCAUGCGGACGCUCCGGGUAUUUGAUGAGAACAAUCUGUCAAUGCUGGCACUUUUUGAUGCCAUGGAACUGGCGGAAACAACUGUUCUGGGUGUUAGGCAACAAAGGGCAAACUAUCAGCAGUGGAGAGCUGUACGUGCCAGGCAGGACGAGGAGUUUCAGGCUGUACAGGCUGUCAGUGCAGAACCACAGGCUGGGCCUUCAAGGGACUCUGAGGUUGAAAUGGAUGAACCACAGAGCGAGAUGGAUGAGUACGCCGACUCAGACAUGUCAGAGGAGGAGUCACACUCCCAGAAUGCCUUCCUUCACACCAGGGCAGCAUGGCAAAAUUUCGGCCUACAACAGCUGGUGACCUUUCCUCAGCAUGGGAGGCACAACUCGAUGAGGGACACAUCAGCAGCCAGCACAGUUCCUCUCAUCCAGGAAGACCCUGAUGAGUGA